AUGUUGCCUUUUCCGUCCCUGACCAAGGAAUGGCACUCGGAGCCAUAUUCCUCCAUUGACCCAACUCGACCGGAGUUGUCGGCCAAGGGUAAAGUCAUCGCCAUCACAGGUGGAGAAGGCAGUAUCGGGAUAGCUGUGGCAAAGGCCUUCGCACGUGCGGGCGCCGAACGCAUUGCGAUCGUCGGCCGCUCAGUCGACCCUUGGUGCAAUGCCAAGAGAGAGAUCGAAUGCCUUGGGGCACGAGUGCUGGCCGUCCGGGGCGAUAUCUCAGAUGGUGCCUCGAUCUAUGGUGCUUUUGCAACCAUCGAGCGAGAAUUCGGCAGAGUAGACGUCGCCGUCGCCAACGCGGGAUACCUCGCCACAUUCAUUUCCAUUCCGGACGCCGAUCCUGACGACUGGUGGAAAGGCUUCGAGGUCAACACAAAGGGGGCAUUCAACACCUCGCGCGCCUUUCUGGCCGUGGCGGCGCCGAAAGCAUAUCUCGUCGACAUCUCCUCGGGCAUUGUCCACAUGCCAGCCAAGCCGGGUGCUUCCAGCUAUGUUUCAUCCAAGUUGGCGGCGACAAAGAUUUAUGAGACAGUCGCAGCCGAGAACGAGGGUCUCCAUGUCGUUUACAUCCAGCCCGGAGUGGUCCGUAGCGAGUUGAGUCGUAAGGCUGGUAUGGCGGCCAUGGAUUCAGCCGAUCUUGCUGGCCAGUUUGUCGUGUGGGCAGUCAGCCCCGAAGCAAAGUUUCUUCGCAACAAAUAUCUGUGGGCAAACUGGGAUGUAGACGAGCUGAAACGGCGCAGAGAAGAGUUGGGACAGCCACACCAUUUGACUAUCCGAAUGAAUGGACUGCCUCUCUAA